UGGUCCCCAGGCCUGGUCUGGGUCUUAUUUAAGGGGGUCUGAAACCCUCAGCUUGUGUCCCAGUGGAAGCAUCCGUCUACCAGUGCACCUUGACCAGCACAGUAAAGCCUAAUCAUGUGUGACGACGAUGAGACUACCGCCCUCGUGUGCGACAAUGGCUCUGGCUUGGUCAAGGCUGGAUUUGCCGGAGAUGACGCUCCCCGUGCUGUCUUCCCUUCCAUUGUUGGAAGGCCCCGCCACCAGGGUGUGAUGGUGGGUAUGGGUCAGAAAGACAGCUACGUAGGUGAUGAGGCCCAAAGCAAGAGGGGUAUCCUGACCCUGAAGUACCCCAUCGAGCACGGCAUCAUCACCAACUGGGAUGAUAUGGAGAAGAUCUGGCACCACACCUUUUACAAUGAGCUGCGUGUAGCCCCUGAGGAGCACCCCACCCUGCUCACUGAGGCCCCUCUGAACCCCAAAGCCAACAGGGAAAAGAUGACUCAGAUCAUGUUUGAGACCUUCAACGUUCCUGCCAUGUACGUGGCCAUCCAGGCUGUGCUGUCUCUUUAUGCCUCUGGCCGUACCACCGGUAUUGUGCUGGACUCUGGUGAUGGUGUGACCCACAACGUCCCCAUCUAUGAGGGUUAUGCUCUGCCUCAUGCCAUCAUGCGUCUGGAUCUGGCUGGUCGUGACCUGACUGACUACCUGAUGAAGAUCCUGACUGAGCGUGGCUACUCAUUUGUCACAACUGCUGAACGUGAGAUUGUGCGUGACAUCAAGGAGAAGCUGUGCUAUGUGGCUCUUGACUUUGAGAAUGAAAUGGCCACUGCUGCCUCCUCUUCCUCUCUGGAAAAGAGCUAUGAGCUGCCCGACGGUCAGGUCAUUACCAUCGGUAAUGAGCGUUUCCGUUGUCCAGAGACCCUGUUCCAGCCCUCUUUCAUCGGUAUGGAGUCUGCUGGUAUCCAUGAGACUGCCUACAACAGUAUCAUGAAAUGCGACAUUGACAUCCGUAAGGACCUUUACGCCAACAACGUGCUGUCUGGAGGUACCACAAUGUACCCUGGUAUUGCUGAUCGUAUGCAGAAGGAGAUCACAGCCCUCGCCCCAAGCACCAUGAAGAUCAAGAUCAUUGCUCCCCCUGAGAGGAAGUACUCUGUCUGGAUUGGUGGUUCUAUCCUGGCUUCCCUGUCCACCUUCCAGCAGAUGUGGAUCAGCAAGCAGGAGUACGAUGAGGCUGGCCCUUCCAUUGUCCACAGGAAAUGCUUCUAAACACACAACCAACCUCCUUUCAUCCGUGUACUUGUAUGUUGUUGUCCACUGUAUAUAUAUAUGUGUGUGUGUGUCUAUGUUCUAUUGUAAUAAAGAUUAAGCCCUUGUGAGAGUA